UAUGCAGAAGGACUUGCUGCCAAUCUCACAAAGAACGUGGAUGUAGAUGGUGUGCAACGGGCGGCGAUUUUUCAAAAAUUAUUGAUAAGUGCAAAUGCAGAUCACAAGAGAGGUGCGUUGACUGCUAUAGAUUAAAAAAUCAAUGUUGCUGUGCUACAUUAACUUUAGCAAAGGGCCAUAAGGUCAAGGAAACCGGCAACUGCAAGAGGGCAAUGAUUUGUCUGUACUGUGAUAAUCCUCAAGACAAAUGCACAUGCAGAGCACCAAUCGGAAAGUGCUUGUAUUGCGGAUUGCCAUCAGAUGUUUGCAACUGUCAAGGCGACAAGGGUCACGCUCGUGAUUCUAAACAGAUUGCUGAAAGACCGGAUGAAAAUCGAACGAUUUGCGUCACCAGCUGGAAACCGGAGAAGGAAGUCAAACGAUAUUUCGAAAGAAACUUGAAAGAUUUCGAGCCGUAUUCCACUAAAAAAUGUCAGUGCUGCAAGAAUAAGCAACAACGUCCUAAGGAACUACCUUAUCAACGGUUAAAUGUUUUCUCGGAAGUGAUGAAUGAACUGCAACAGAAGAUGAGCGAGUCUGUAUGCUGCGCACGGUGCUGGAGAAUUCCUUGUUGUUGUGGAUUGCCAGUCGAUCGAGAUAAGAGAAAGGAAGAAAGGAAAGCCGAAAAUUGUUUCAAACACACCAAAAUAGAAAGAUCAUCAGAAAGCAAGUCACCAAAUAAUUACCAGUGUACUCUGAAUUUUACAAACGAGCGUAAAAGCACUGUUGAAAAAUCAAUACCAAUUCGACACAUUGGCUGCGUUUGUAAAUUAACGCCGCGCAGAUACAAGAGAGACAGAUCCAAUUAUAAGAGACCGCUGGCAAAAUGUUAUUACUGCAAGAGUCUGCCUUGCACUUGCAUUACAGUAAAAUAACCAAAACCGUGCAGAUAUUCGAUGAUUCAUCGAAUGAACGCAAAGACGAAAAGAAUUUUACCAAUUCGAGUAACGGA